AGCUUUCGGGACCCCUGCGUCUCCCCCAAACACCGAGCUGAGCUUCUGCUCCUGCAGGGACCGCCGCCGGGGCGCGUCGGCGUGCGGCCGUGUCCUAGUCGUCCUCCCCUCCUCCUUCGGCAUCUGCUCUGCAUUAGUCUGUCCCAGGCCUCCGCAGGCGCCGGUGAUUGAAUCAUCAUCAUUAACGAGGGCCUGCCCCCCUCCUCCCGGCGGCAGGGGAGGGCGGCGAGGGGGGGGAUGUAAGAUCACUACCAAGUCUCUAGGGGUUCCUCCUCCCGUCGCCCUCCCCGAGGCUCCGCGAAGCCCCGAGAAACUCCCGCCCUGGAGCCGGGAGAAGGCCCACCGUCGGAUGUAGCUCCGCAUUGUCUAGCGUCGGCCGACGAGGGCGACAUAACACGGAGAGCGCGGGAGGGGCUUUAGCCUGGUUGUCACCAGAGCUGGGCGACCCUGAGCGGUGGCGGGUCGGGGGAAGGAGGAGGCAGGCUUCUGCAGGCCCCAAAAGUUCGUCCCGAGGUCCGGUCGGGUCUUCGAUGAUUAUUACUGCAGGGGGUCAAUGAGAUCGGCCCCUCCCCACACCCCCCCGCUCCCCAAUUACCAACUGCGGAGGGGGAGGGGCCACUGGGGCUCAGGUGAGCACACGGGGGAGAAAGGACGUGGGUGGGGCCUUACGGAGAGUCAGCGAAUCCGAAAAGACCUAAGCCCUCGUUGCUCGGCGACAAGUCCCGCCCUGCAGGCGGCACCGGAAGUGGCAGGCCAGGAUCAGCCUUUAAGAUGGCGUCUCCUCAGGGGGGCCAGAUUGCGAUCGCGAUGAGGCUUCGGAACCAGCUCCAGUCAGUGUACAAGAUGGACCCGCUACGGAACGAGGAGGAGGUCCGAGUAAAGAUCAAAGAUUUGAAUGAACACAUCGUCUGCUGCCUAUGCGCUGGCUACUUCGUGGAUGCCACCACCAUCACAGAGUGUCUCCAUACUUUCUGCAAGAGUUGUAUUGUGAAGUACCUCCAAACCAGCAAGUACUGCCCCAUGUGCAACAUCAAGAUCCACGAGACACAGCCACUGCUCAACCUCAAACUGGACCGGGUCAUGCAGGACAUCGUGUACAAGCUGGUGCCUGGCUUGCAAGACAGUGAAGAGAAACGAAUUCGAGAAUUCUACCAGUCCCGAGGCUUGGACCGAGUCACGCAGCCCGGUGGGGAAGAGCCAGCCCUGAGCAACCUCGGCCUCCCCUUCUGCAGCUUUGACCAUUCGAAAGCCCACUACUAUCGCUAUGAUGAGCAGCUGAGCCUGUGCCUGGAGCGGCUGAGUUCUGGCAAAGACAAGAAUAAAAGCGUCUUGCAGGUGAGAGGGGCUGUGGGAGGGCCUCUCAGGAGACUCACCUCCUCGGGGCCCUUCUCUCACACACCUUGUCUUCCUUUCCCUGCCCACCCUCAGAACAAAUAUGUCCGGUGUUCUGUUAGAGCUGAGGUUCGUCAUCUCCGGAGGGUCCUCUGUCACCGCUUGAUGCUAAAUCCCCAGCAUGUGCAGCUGCUUUUUGACAAUGAAGUUCUCCCUGAUCACAUGACCAUGAAACAGAUCUGGCUCUCCCGAUGGUUCGGCAAGCCAGCCCCUUUGCUUUUACAGUACAGUGUGAAAGAGAAGAGGAGGUAGGGGCCAAGCCCCUGCCCUACCCCUCUCCCCGUCCCUCCCCAGAUAUUUAUGUGAAAUUGUGGCUUUAUUUUUUGAAAUAAAAACUUUUAAAAAGCA